AUGCAUCCUCUUACUAUCUUCAUUGCCAUCUCGACCGUCGUACUAGCCAACCCUAUACCACUCCCGCUUCUAGCAGGAGACAUAUCGGACACGAUUCUAGAUAGCGUUAGCGGUAUAUUUGGCACCUCCAAUCGCCACGGUGCCAAGUGCAAUCCCAGGAGCAGCAGCCAACUCCAAAUGUGCAUACAUAAAUACGUGGACCAGUGCAUAGUCGAUAGCACAGGUUAUGAUGCUUAUAUGAGGGCAUGCGCACCGAAGAACCGCUGUGGAGCAGAACGACAAGCUAGUGAGAAAAGUAGCAAUAAGCCCAUCUCGCGGGAAGAUACGUCCAGCUCAGACGACAGUGAUAGUUAA